UCUCUUUUCUCCUUUUUUGCAACUCUGUUGAGCUAGUAUUCUAAAACCUUUUUCCAGUAUUCACUCUCCCACUGAGUUUCUGCGUAUUCAUUCUCAGAGUUUAUAGUAUUCUAUAACCCCACUGAACCCGUUUCCCUGUAGACCUUGAAACAGGGUUGUUUAUUUUUGAGUUUGAGGCGGCACAAUGGGGAAUAAAGACGACACGGGUUACAAGACACUGAAGGGAAGCAAAAACUUCAGACAAAGAUUGCUUCUCGCGACUCUUACCUCCACUCCCAUUAUCAUUGAAGACAUACGUACCGAUGAGACUUGGCCUGGUCUUCGCAACUACGAGAUUUCACUUCUCCGAUUAUUCGAAUCUGUUUGUGAUGACUUCAAGGUCAAAAUCAACGAAACUGGUACCAAAUUGAAGUACAAACCAGGAACUAUUAUGGGUGGUAGACAACAUCAUCCACAUGAUUGUCAUGUUUCUAGAUCCAUUGGUUAUUAUCUUGAGCCGCUCAUUGUCUUGUGUUUGUUUGCCAAGGAACCCCUCACCGUUAGGCUCAAAGGAAUUACAAAUGAUUCUAAAGAUCCAUCAGUUGAUACCAUCAAGUCUGCUGCAUUUCCCAUAUUAAAGCGCUUUGGAGUCGACUCUGAAGCCUUGGGUCUUAAAAUAGAGAGCCGUGGACUACCUCCUAAUGGUGGUGGCGAAAUUGUUUUGUCGCUUCCUGUUGUUCAAACUCUAACGGCUGUUAAUUGGAUCGAUGAGGGUUUUGUUAAGAAGAUUAGAGGAGUUACGUUUUCAACCAAAGUAUCUUCUCAGUUUGAAAAUAGCAUGAUUAGAGCUGCACGUGGAAUCAUCAAUCCACUAGUUUCCGAUGUGCACAUUUUUACUGAUCACCGAUCAGGUCCACCGGCUGGAAACUCUCCUGGAUAUGGAAUUUCGCUAGUUGCAGAGACUACUUCUGGUUGCUACAUCUCUGUCGAUACUGCUGCUUCUCAUGCCAGGGAUGAAGAUUCUGCUGGCCUUGCAGAUGAUGUGAAAAAGGAUCUGAUGCCUCCGGAAGAUAUUGGUGAGGGGAUGGCUAAAGUUUUACUAGGAGAGAUAGCUCAAUCUGGAGUGGUUGACUCAACAUAUCAGGGUUUGCUAUUUCUUCUUUGUGCUCUAUGUCCUCAAGAUGUUUCUAAGGUUCGCGUUGGAAAACUUUCUCGACAUGGGAUUGAAACUCUUAGGAGCAUAAAGGAUUUUCUUGAUCUGAAGUUUGUUAUCAAACCAGAUCCGGAUACACAGUCAGUUAUACUAAAAUGUAUUGGGUGUGGCAUGAAGAACCUUUCUCGAAAGGUCUCGUAAAGAUGGUGUAGUCUAGAAUUAAGUUUGUACGCCAAUUUUGUCAUUGAUAUAUAUUUUGUGCAUUAUUUCAACAUUUUGAUUGAUUUAUUUGAGUUUAUUUACUAGCAAAAACACUUGCAAAACUAUUUAGGAGAAGAUAUAGAAACAACUUAUUUGGGAGAAGUUAUAGAAACAACUUAUGGCA